AUGGUAUUUCUCGUGUCGCUCUUUUCGAUCGCUGCGGCUUUGGUUGCUGCUGCCGGUUUCGACGACAUCCAAUUCCCCACCGACGACGCCGCCGUCGACCGGAGCUCCCCUUCGUCGUCAUGGCUGCCCCGCCCCGAUCAGUCCCUGGAUGUCAGUCUCCCUGUGGACUCGCACAUCCUUGACAAGCAUGCCGCGCCGUGUAUGAUCACGCUCGUCGACAACCACACGUAUGCGUUUUCGUACGACAAGCCGUACCAGGGCACGUUUGACGCUGCCUCGUGCUACAACGAUCCCGACUAUUCGCUUGUGUACGUCCGAUACAAAGCCAACGUCGAUCCUGGCCGCCAGUUCGAUCGCCUCGCCGCCGUCUGGGUCGGUCCCCACGCCAUCCUGCGCACAACGACCCAGGAACCGAAUCGAGUCGUGGGGCCGCACUGGGAAAUCUUUCGCGAGAUCUCGCAGUACCGGUCAUUGUUUGGCACGACCGGCAACGUGACGGCAUCGCUCGACAACGUGGUCAACAGCGUGUACACGAGCCACUUUUACGUGACGGUCACGGUCGAGUUUUACAAAAAGGACCCGGCGCACGACGUCGUCCAGCGCGUCCCGUCCGCGCCGGACCAGAUCAUCCCGGUCUUCAAGCCCCACAGCACGUACCCGUGGUUUCACGUCCAGCCAAACACGGUCGGGCGAAACUACAACCUCGUCACGUUCCCCAAGAACGUGGACGGGCUGUACUUGGAGCUGUUCACGUCGCACCACGGGUGUGACGAGUUUUACUACGCCAACCCGACGGACGAGGUCAAAGCGGCGGUCGGCGCCGACUGCGCGGGAGGUGCGUUCCGCGAAGUCCAGGUCCUGCUCGACGACGACAUCGUUGGCGCGGUGUGGCCGUUUCCGUUAAUCUACACGGGCGGGAUCAGUCCCGCGAUGUGGCGCCCGAUCGUGGCCGUGGGCGCAUUCGAAGCCCCCACGUACAUCGUCGACCUGACGCCGUUCCUGGCCAACGUGCUCGACGGGAAGCCGCACAACGUGAGCUUUGCCAUCGGCAACGGCCAUGACUACUGGCCCACGAACGGCAACCUGCUCGUAUACGUCGACCACGACGUGGAAGCGACCGUCGCGACGCUCGACAAGAGGGUGUUUCAACGGCACGUCGUUCCCGACGUGGCGACGACAGGCCACGGCGCAAACGUCACAAUCCACACGACGGCCGAGCGCGACGUCUACGUCAAGGCCACGAUUGCGAAUGCCCAAGGCAUCCGCACGUACAGCGUCAAGCAAAAGUUCGCCUUCGUCAACCAGCAAGUGUACUCGAACAAUGCAAACGACCAAACGUUCAACCAGCGCACGACGACUUUGACAACGACCACGAUCAAGUUUGACGACGGCACCAAGACGACCAAGUACUACAUGGAGGACUACCCGCUGUCCGGGGAAACCAAGUACAGGUCGUAUGUGGCUAGCAAGGCAGCGGGCCGUGUGGACGGGAUGGAAGGCACGGCGGACGCUGUCGACAUUCCGCCGUUUCGAGCGCCGCGCAUCCAGGACGGCGAGCCCAUGGCCCGCGGUAACACUAUCAUGGCCGACUACUACAAGUACAACGUGUCGAUCCAACACGACCUGCGCCAAAAGCUGCGCAUCGACGGCAACAAGGAUGCCUUUCGCCUGGGGGUGGACGAGUACGAGCUCACGAUUGCUCAAACCGCACGUGCCCAAAUCGAUUCUCGCGUCGGGUUCAACGCGACCACGUCGGUGUCGCUGGCCGCGUCCAACUGGACGGGAUGCUACUCCCACGACGUGGCGAGCUCGUCCGGCAACUACACCAAGUACUACGAAGGUCGCAAGUGUCCCCACUUGUACGUUGAGUCUGUCGAGGAGGCCGACGAAGGCGAUCUCUAA